AUAUAUUUUUGGACGAGAUGACGGCGAUUCCCCAGCCAGCGGCCUCGCCGGCGGGCUUUGGGGUGGGACAAGGACAACAGACGGUGUUGCAGCAGAACUCCACACGUCUAGUGAACCUGGCGCGGCUUUUGACAUAUUUAAUGCAGCCUCAGGGGGAUGCCCGGCCGACUCCUAUCAGCUCUUCAAGCUCUUCGUCUCCCUAGCAAGGUAUCUACUUUAAAUGAUUCUACAUGUUGUAUGCGUGUACGGCAAUGCUUCUUUUGUUCGCGAAUUGCGUUUCUGUUUUUGGAGUUUUUCGUUUCUUAGGUUUUGGUUUGGAGCGUUGA